CCGUUAUAGUUUCGACACGAGCGUCUGCUGUUUUAUUAUUUUUUUUCUUUGACCUAACCAAAUGUGGCAUUCUUUGCGAGUGCUCUAGUGAAUGUCCAUUUUAGGAUUCAGUCUACUUUUUAUGUAAAACGAGGCUUUUUGCUUGUCAGUUCUGCUUAUCCUUAGUUUGAUUUCAUUACUGUCUGUUGUGAUUACGACCAGAGUAUCAAUAAAUACGCAUACAUUUUGAACAGAAAACCCAGCGGAAUCAUGUCCAGUCGCAAAACUAAAGGUAGAAGUACCACAAAAAGGCGUGCUCAAAGAGCUACUUCCAAUGUCUUUGCAAUUUUUGACCAAGCUCAGAUUCAAGAAUUCAAAGAGGCAUUUAAUAUGAUUGACCAGAACAGAGAUGGCUUUAUUGACAAAGAAGAUUUACAUGAUACAUUGGCCUCUCUAGGUAAAAAUCCAGCAGAUGACUUUCUGGAGAGCAUGAUGAAUGAAGCUCCUGGACCCAUAAAUUUCACUAUGUUCUUGACUCUCUUUGGUGAAAGAUUGCAAGGGACUGAUCCGGAAGACGUCAUAAGGAAUGCUUUUGCCUGUUUUGAUGAAGACAACAGUGGCACAUUGCAUGAAGAGAAGCUCAGAGAGUUGUUGGCUACUAUGGGAGAACGAUUUACAGAAGAGGAUAUCGAUGAAAUGUAUCGAGAAGCUCCUAUUGACAAAAAUGGUAUGUUUGACUAUCUUGAAUUCACUAGAAUACUGAAGCAUGGUGCAAAGGAUAAGGAUGAUGAAUAAUGGGAUUUUUUUCCCAUUAUAAAUGCUAAAGCAUUUAUUAUUUAUAUGCUGAUUUAAGAUUCAAAACUAUAUGUUUUAUAUUUGAAAACUAUGCAUUUAUCAAUUUUGCUGUUCUUUUUAUUGUUGUUGAGAGUAGUUUGCAAUAUUUAAAUUUUGAAAUGUAACUUUUCUCUACGCUUUUAAAUAAAAGUUUUUCUACAUUUGUUUC